UUUCAAAGACUGUUUCGUUUCGAUGCAUUUCGUAUUUUGUAAUAUACGAAUAUGCAGGUAUUCCAAUUUUAUGCUUUCUGUAAAAUAGCUUUAAAAUCCUCGAUCAUUACAAAUUGGUAUUUCAAAACCGAAAGUGCAACCUAUAAUAUCCAAAUGACGUGGAUUUAUUGUUGAAAACUAGAAUUAAGACUUUAACUAGUGCCAUCGAGUUUUAAGUUUAAGACAAUGUCUGUCUCGUCCGUCAACGAUCGUCUUCUUACGAGACUGUCCAUAGUUUUGAGACAACCAGCCUUUUUCUUAAUCGAGGCAUGGCUUUUGUCCAGCUCAGAGAAAGCUAUCCAUAAAUAUUUCGUGGAUUCACUAGUGCUUGUUGUAGCCACGGCCGUCAUACUUCUCCCACAGGAUCAUCUGUUCUCUGUGUACAAGUACUUAGCUGGUGCUGCGCUCAUGUUCAUGAUGCACUUCUACACCCAUGAUUUGAUCGACAAAAGUACAAAUAACGAAGAGGUCGACAGCACAGAAAUAAUUCUCGUUUUCAUUAUUCUCGGACUAGCAGGGCUGUUGGUUAUUUAUCUGUUUCAAGAGAAGGCAUGGAAAAAGUACAUUUUGAUGGCGUACCAUGUACCAAUAAUCACGGCAUCUUUGCAAAUCCACCAUACAAACACUAUAUAUUUGUUUAAUCUGGCAGAGGGACUUGUGUGUUCUUACUUUAUAUACCUAGUAGGGAAUAUGCUCAUCACUGGUGUUGACAAAAUGAAGAAACAGGUUUCUAGAUGGAUUUAUUUAGUAAACAUUUUUGGCUUCUUCCCUGUUAUAAAGUCCAUCGUUGGUUCCAUAUACUUUACACGACAACUUUUGUUAUUUUGUUUUGUCUCAUUUGCUUACAAACUCCAUUACUUUACCACACAAACGUCUGAUGUGACCUUGGUUGCAUUAUCCAAGUUGGACUGGACAACCUUUCUCUUUGUGAUUGCUGGACAAUGCUGCAAGACGUAUCUGGGACUUGUUUCGAUGUGCGUCGCCAUUUCCUUUAUGUCCCAUUGUCUUUUUCGUCUGGUUAACCUCUAUCUUUAUGGAUGGAAAAGUCCUGUAACCGACCCUGAUUUUUCCCAUGAAGUGAUAGGAGUUGUGGCGUUUGUGCUAUCUGUAUCUGCAGGGAUUACGAUAUCAUCAAAAACUUUUAAGGAUUUUGUCGUAAAAGGCUUCGUGAUUAAAAUUAUUUCCAUGUACACGGCAUCAAAUGUCAUCAAUUGCACGUAUGAAUUGGUCGAUCCAGGGAUUCUAACAUUUAGUGCCUUGCCAACAUCAAAACCAUUCAAGCACAUCCGAGGACUUACGGUGUACAUUUCUUUCAUGAUAUCAACAAUCUUUAUAAUGUACACGAUUCAACAAUAUGAUAUUAUGUUUAUAUUCAUUCCAGUAAUUAUCACUGGUGUUUCUACGUGUCUCCAAGUAAUGGCUUCCAUUGUGAUUUAUUUUUUGUUUGUGUAUGAUGGCCUUUGCUCGCAUCCUAUGGAAUACUUGGAUGACAUAAUCUACUAUAUACGCGCCACGGUGCAAGUCCUGGACUUUGUUGGAUCCGUUAUCUUGGCAGGCCGUGGAAUAUGGGUUAUCAAAACAGGUGCAUUUAGCUGGAUUGAAAUUCCAUUUUUUAUUCUGUUUUGCUAUACAAACGUCUGGGAGAGACUGCAGAAUGGCUGGAAAAUAUUUCUAUUAAGAAAAGAUGCCGUUCAAAAGUUGAAUGCUCUAAAAGCCGCAACAAAGGAUCAAAUUCGGGAUUGUGAUGAUGUGUGCGCUAUAUGUAUUCGACAAAUGUCGUCUGCUAAAAUCACCCCCUGUGGACACCUCUUUCAUGAGACAUGUCUAAAGAAAUGGAUAUACGUGAGAGAUUCAUGCCCUCUCUGUCUCCGCAAACUAUACAACAUAAGCCCCGACAGAAGUCUGUAAACUGGCAGAAAUCGGAUGUUCGUCAUAUAUUAUUCAGUCUUGCUGCUGAUUACAUUUUUAUCCUAAUGUCAUGUUGUGAAUCCAGACUGAAAUUACGAGACGACACAUGUCGUUUCAAAUGACUUGUGGUGCAUUGUAAUAUAGAGGACUUGGAGCGGAACAGUUACUGCAGGAAAAAUAACGAAAACCUCUAUUGAUAUUUUCCCGUUAUGCUAAUCAAAGAUAAACCAUCCGAUAGUCUGAUAACAGGGGCUAAGUAUUUUACAUCUAUACGUGUAUAAUGUUGUCGAUGUUAAGCGUAAUAUUUGUCGAAAAUUCGUUUGUAUGGGAUGUCAUAUUUUAUAUUUUACCUUUAAUUUAAUUGUUACCUUACUGAACGAAAGUCUAAGCAAUGCAACAAAUCCCGCUUUCAUUUGACAAUUUAACUCAUACAUGUCAAUGUUGAAAUACCAGAAGAGUUAUCCUCCUUUGAUAUCUGAUCAUAAACUUCAUUUUUGCAAUGAUUUGUUUAAUGCAACUAUGAUUUUGUGAAAGUAAAAUCAAAAAGUUUAUAAUUUGCAAUUGAAUAAAAAUUUGUUUACUUUGAUAAUUUGCCACUAAUGUUAUAUAUUAAAGGUGAAGAUAACAAACAGUGAUCUAUCUAAUAUCUCCUCUAAGGAUUACAAUAUAGAGAGUUGGGCAAACACGGACUCCUGGAUAUACCAGAGGUGGGAUCAGGUGCCUAGGAAAAGUAUACAUCCCCUGUUGACUGGUUACACCCGCCGUGAGGCCGAUACCCUGAUCAGGUUUCCCUGUGUGGCUGCAUUGAUUUGUAGCGAAGUUCUGGUGGUGGCAACCAGGUGGGAGAUGGCGUAAUAUCUAACGCUAAGCCGAGGCCGGAUGAUGACCUAAACUCAUGGUACAUGUAUAUAUAUGUAUGGAGCAGAGUGGUGGACACGUGGGACAGAUACGAAAUAGGGUGGUGACAAGUGGUACAUUCCUAAAACCGAGUGGUGGAUACCUCGUACAUAUAUGAAACCAAGGGGUGAACAUGUGGAGCCUUGUGGUGGACACGUGAUGCAUAUAUGGAGCAGGGUGGUGGACACAUGAUGCAUUUAUAAAACCGAAUCGUGGAUACAUGGUGCUCUCCAGUGAACACAGACAAAUCUAGUUUCACUUAUGGAAUUGUUUUCUUAAGUAUAUAUUUGUGAUUUUAUGGCUUUAUAUAAAAUUGUAUAUAUAUAA